AUGUCAAGCUUAAUCAAGGACUUGAAGAUCACCAUCAAGAGUUGUAAGCUUGUUCAGCCAUUGGAGACACAUGAGAGGAGGUCUAUGUUUCUAUCCAACAUAGACCAAGUCCUCAACUUCAAUGUGGAAAGAGUUCAUUUCUUUGAUGCAAACCUUGAUUUCAAUAUUGAGUGUGUGGCUGAUAAGCUUGAGUUUGCAUUCAGGACUCUACUUUCUAGUUAUGAUUUCAUAGCAGGAAGAUUGAAUUUUAACACUCAAGAGAAGAGGCUGGAGAUCGAUUGCAACGCUGCCGGGGCAGUGUUUGUGGUGGCAGAGAGUGAGCUCACGAUUGCGGAGAUCGGAGAUUUAGAGUACCCUAACCCGGCUUUCGCACAAUUGGUGGUGAAGAUCGAAUGCAUGGAGGCAGAAGAUAAACCUCUUUGCGCAAUUCAGGUAACGUCGUUCAAAUGUGGUGCUAUUGCAAUGGGCACAACAAACAACCACACAACCAUGGAUGGAGUUAGCUUCAAAGUUUUCUUUGAAAGCCUUGCUUCACUUGUCAGUGGAAAACCUUUAGGGUUUACACCAAUCUCCGACCGGAGAAGUUUCGCGGCCCGAUCUCCGCCUCGCGUUGAAUUCACCCAUCCAGAACUCACACAAAUACUCAAAGAUCACCACCAAACUGAUCAAACUCUAAUUGACAGCACUUCAAGUAAUCUAGAGUUCAAGCUUUAUCAACUAAGCCAAAAGGAUAUAAACAACUUGAAAGGAAAAGCAAGAAACCAAGGAAAAGAAGGGCCAUGGAUAACAACUUUCAAUGUAGUCACUGCACUUGUAUGGAUAUGCAAAGCCUUAGCUACUACUUCAAAGGAUAAAACCGAUAAGAUAUCGAUGAUUUUUUAUGCCGUUGAUCUCCGUUCAAGGCUACAACCACCACUGCCAAAUUCAUACACAGGCAAUGCUGUACUCACUGCUUAUGCUAAAGCCACAUAUGAUCAACUAGAGAAUGAACCAUUUGGUUUCAUAGUUGAGCUUCUUCACCAAGGAGUGGCAAGACUGACAGAGGAAUAUGCUAGAUCAGUGAUAGAUUGGGGAGAGUUACACAAGGGAUAUCCUAAAGGUGAUAUCUUUGUGUCUUCAUGGUUGAAGUUAGGAACAAUGGAGGUGGAAUUCCCUUGGGGAAGGCCAAAGUAUAAUGGCCCUGUUGUUCAUCCAAACAAAGACAUCAUCUUGCUCACUCCUCAAAUGAAAGGGAAGAAGAAGGAAUGUGGUGUUAAUGCCAUUCUUGCUCUCCCUCCACGUGACAUUCCUCACUUUGAAACACUUUUCCACAAACUCCUCCUUAUUUAAUUAACU